AUGAUUCGUUUCGCUUCUGAUCGUUAUUCACACCACUUUCGGAUUUCUAUUGGAAAUUGUUUCUUUUCAGUUGCUCUUGCAGUUGAUCAGUUGCGUUAUGGUGGAUUAGAUAAUCGAAUGACAAGUUUGACGGAUUAUAUUCCGAAAUGUAUGCUUCCAAUCGUUGGUAUUCCCGUGUUCUGGUAUCUACUCAACUGUUUGCAAAGAAAUUCGAUAAAGAUUAUCGCGGUUGUGGCUGAAAGGUUGUUGGGUGAAAUCAAGCAGCUUUUGUCCAGUUCAGUCUUGCCAUCUUUGAAUAGAUUUGCAGAUUGA